GAAAGUGUGAAGAGGUUUCUCUUUCCCAUCCUAAAAGUCUAUAUAAAAAAAAGUUGCUCUAAAGUCUUGUGCUUUUGCUUCCUUGUCUGCCAUUAAAUUGUCUUAAAUAUAACUUCACUUCAUUUCCCUCCCACAUCUUCUUUCCAUCUUCUCUCUUUCUCUGAAGCUCACUGUGAGAUCUGCCUAAUAUUCUAUGAUAUUGGUUGAUUUGUGUGCUUUUUCUCUUUCUAUACUAACUUAUCUCAUACUAGUCUUUUACCAUCGAACUGAUUUUGUGGUAAGGUUUUCGCCGGUCUCCCAGGAACUCCGGGUAAAUUACUAGAAUCGAGUUUUGCUUCAAUUUUCUCGCAUAUCCAUAUUGUUCUUCUCAUUCACUCCAUUUUCUCACCUGGGCAUUUCUUGAAAUCCAUUCCUAAACUAGAGGAUUUCUCUGAAGGAGGGAAAAGAGCAGGAAAGAAAGCAUGAUUGCUAUUACAGACCUCUACCACGUCCUCACAUCCGUUGUACCUCUCUAUGUGGCCAUGAUAUUGGCUUAUGGGUCUGUAAAAUGGUGGAAGAUCUUCAGCCCUGAUCAAUGUUCCGGUAUCAACAGAUUCGUAGCACUGUUUGCUGUCCCUCUGCUUUCGUUUCACUUCAUCUCCACCAACGACCCAUAUGCCAUGAACUACAGAUUCAUAGCUGCAGACACUCUUCAGAAAAUCAUAGUGUUGGUGGUUUUAGCUAUUUGGUCCAGAGUCAGCUCAAGAGGGUGUCUUGAAUGGUCCAUCACUCUGUUCUCGCUCUCAACUCUGCCCAACACUCUGGUCAUGGGCAUUCCUUUGUUGAAGGGCAUGUAUGGAGAAUAUUCGGGAACCUUAAUGGUGCAAAUAGUUGUUCUUCAAUGCAUAAUAUGGUAUACUUUGAUGCUGUUCUUGUUUGAGUACAGAGGAGCCAGGCUCUUGAUUGUAGAGCAGUUUCCAGAUACUGCUGGUUCUAUUAUUUCAUUCAGAGUUGAUUCUGACGUCAUCUCUCUGGAUGGGAAAGAGCCUCUGGAGACGGAGGCUGAAGUUGGUGAAGAUGGAAAACUUCAUGUUACAGUGAGAAAGUCCACUAGUUCUCGCUCUGAAAUAUUUUCCAGGCGAUCGCACGGCCCUAAUUCGGGCGUCUCCUUGACUCCCCGGCCUUCCAAUUUAACGAAUGCAGAGAUUUACUCUCUGCAAUCAUCAAGGAAUCCAACUCCCAGGGGUUCCAGUUUCAAUCACACUGAUUUCUAUUCAAUGGUGAAUGGAAAGAAUAUGAGCAAUGUGAGCCCGAGGCAAUCAAAUUUCGGGAACUUGACUUUUGAUGAGGAAAACGGAAUUGGCGGAUUCCCAAAUCCUCCCAGAGCAAACGGGGUAUAUUCACAGGGUGGUGGUUACCCUGCACCGCCGAGUGCCGGAAUCUUCUCUCCGGUGGGGGGACCUGGAGCAAAGAAGAAGGCGAACGGGGCAGAUGGAGGGAAGGAUCUUCACAUGUUUGUAUGGAGCUCCAGCGCAUCGCCAGUGUCGGAAGGAGGCAUUCAUGUUUUCAGGGGUGGAGAUUAUGGGAAUGAGGUUGCUGGUGGGGUACUACCUCAAACUAAAGAUUAUGAUGAGUCCAGACAAGAUGAGUUCAGUUUUGGAAACAGACCGGUCGCGAAUGGUGGUGACCGAGAAGGGGCCAUGAUGUCUAAGCUGGGGUCCAGCUCCACCGCAGAGCUCCACCCCAAGGCUGCUGCCCAGUCAAAGGCAACAUCCAUGCCGCCUGCUAGCGUCAUGACCAGACUCAUCCUGAUAAUGGUGUGGAGAAAACUCAUUAGGAAUCCCAACACUUAUUCUAGCCUCAUUGGUCUCACCUGGUCCUUGGUCUCUUUCAAGUGGGGGAUUGAAAUGCCUGCUAUUAUAGCCAAGUCUAUAUCCAUUUUAUCUGAUGCAGGUCUUGGAAUGGCCAUGUUCAGUCUUGGUUUGUUCAUGGCACUGCAGCCAAGAAUUAUUGCUUGUGGGAACUCCAUUGCCACAUUUGCCAUGGCUGUUAGAUUCCUCACAGGUCCUGCGGUCAUGGCUGCUGCUUCCAUUGCAGUUGGUUUAAGAGGGGUUCUCUUACAUAUUGCCAUUGUACAGGCGGCUCUUCCUCAGGGAAUUGUCCCCUUUGUGUUUGCCAAGGAAUACAAUGUUCAUCCUGACAUUCUGAGCACAGGAGUAAUAUUCGGAAUGCUAAUAGCUCUACCCAUCACACUUGUGUACUAUAUCUUACUGGGGCUAUGAAGAUGAAGCACUUAAACUGCCAUGGUAUCUGGGCUUUUGUUUUUUAGGGCUUCUCAAACAGAGCAAUGUAGGAUUUCAGAACUUAAAAGGGCAUAUAGAGAGAGAGCUGGAAGCGGAAGGCAAGUUGUCAAUGACACACAGGGGAUGAAGGCUGAUGAAAAAUGCGGAAUAUAUUCGAAAUGUAUGUCGGAUUAGGGUUAAGAAUUUUUGUAUGCCUCUUUUGGCUUUUCUGAACACCCUUGAUGAACAAGUGAAGCUUUUUUGUAGUUGAUACGCCACCUGCUUUUUGACCUUUUUUAGGUCAGAAAAGAUCUUUAACCCAA